UUUGUACAAAACCUAAACUUAUCUAUACACUAAAACCUACCUCAAAAACUGUUCUAUCUAUUGUUGAAAAAAGCAUGAAAAUGCGUCCAGUACUUUUCGAGUUUAUUGCGAACAGACAGUAAGAAGCAGCGGGGGACUUUGCUUUAUAAUAUGUAGUGAUAAAAUUUCUUACAGGCAAUAUAACUUGAAUUAAUUUUAGGUAAUAAUUAUAAUUUUAUUAUUAUUUCAGCUUUAGCAUAUUUCCUUCUACAAUUAGACUUUAACGUACCUAUGCCCUUGCUGUCCAUCACUUUCCGUCCUUGGCGGUUGUUAAACUUCAUCAUGUCAUCUGCUCUUGGACUGGGUGCAACGAUGAUAUAUUUCCUCCAAGAAAGUCCAAAAUUUUUAGCUGAAGUGGGAAGUUCUGAUAAGACUGUGAAAGUGCUUAGAAUUAUCUAUGAAACAAAUGGUGGUAAGAAGAAUAACUAUCCGGUGAAGCAUAUUAAAGUUGAACAUACAGAAAGGAAGGAAGAAGGCUUUUGGGGUUCCCUUAUAAAGCAGACUACCCCACUUUUCAAACCACCUCUGUUAUGGAGGACUUUACAACUGUUUUACCUUAUGGCUGUCGCUUGUAGCACGAAUAACGUGUUUAUAAUGUGGUUUUCUAUCAUUGUGAACACCUUUUUUAAAUCGUUGUCUGAAGAUAAUGUCGAUGGGUCCUUUUGUGAGAGAAUUGUGAAAAAUAUAACCAUAACUCGAUCUGAUUCGACAACCUGUACCGACUCCAUCUCUUCAAACACUUUAUACUCCGGUAUAAUAAUCGGCUUGUUCUAUACUAUUGUGACACUGCUUGUGUCCAGGUUCGCUGCAUGGAGAAGACUUGUUCUUAUAUCAUCGUUCACAGUGGCCUCUGUCAGUGGUAUUCUAGUGAAUUUACUAAAAGCACCAUGGGCUAACUUGUUAGCCUUUAUGUUGUUACAAGGAACGCUUUUGGGGAUUGGCAGUGUGGCCUCGUAUUUCGUGGAUCUGUAUCCGACUUCAUGUAGAGGGUUAGCGAUGAGCUUGGCCAUGAUGACAGCGAGAUUGUUGGCGUUGGUGGGUGUGAAUGUUGUGGGGGUGAUGAUUGUACAUCACUGUAGCCUCACCUUUUAUGCGUGGACGGCUCUUAUCACUGGUAUGUAUGUGUUUAUUGAUAGCAGAUGUUACUAUACGCAUUAACAAAAAAAGGUCAUCUUGAAUUAAACAAGUACAAUUACGGGCGGAAAUCUUAUGAAUAUCCUAGAGUUAU